UUCAAAAUAAGGCAUUUUGAUCCUACGUAAACAAAUGAAAUGGUGUAAUAGCUGUUUUGAGUUCGAUUCCAAUUGAUGCAUGAAUGUUUUCGCUUCGGCGAUAUGAUUUCUGCAACGUCACCAAUAUUAUUUCAAUCAAUUGCAUUGUUCGUCAUCAAAACAUCCGUAAACCGCAUGAAGGGAGUGAAUUAUGUGGCAAAUCUUGUGCCGAAGAUAUUUUCUUAAACGACAAUCCCAUCGAAUUUGCAUCACAUAAAUCGAGCGAAUGGAAAAACAGACACCGAAAUUCAUACGGAAUCAAAAAUUGGUGUUGAAACGCUGUGUUUGUAUCCAAGCCGAGAGAUUUUGUAUUUAGCAAAACAUCAACAUCGGCAAAACGAUGACGGUUCAAAAAUCACACAUACACACAAACAAGGCAGUGUCGAUUGUUUUGUUGCUGAAGGCGAUUUUUGCGUUGUUUUCAUUACGAGAUAAGGACUUUGAAGACCAGUGCGAAAAUACAUUGGUGUUCGACGUUUCAACGGUAAACUCUCGGCUGUGAGUCGCACGGAGUAUCGCAUCAGUGUUGGGUUUUUGACAAACUGUCAUCGAAUCGGUCGGUCACACCAAAGCAUUCAUCGGCUGUAUUUCAAAGCAAUCAGAUCGUUUUCUUUGGUGUCAUUUUUUUUCUUUCGAUAGCAAAUCGCAAAUAAUUGAAAAAAUCGACCAAAAAAAAUCAAAAUCGAGAAAACUAAACGAUAAGCAAGGUAUUUCGAAACGUCUAAAUAAGUGGGUUUGUUGGAAUUCAAUUAGUUGGCUGCUAUUAAUCGGUGUUUUGUGCGUGUUAAGAUGAAAAUGUCGCACCUACAACUCCCGAGCCUUUUGGAAAUGCGAUUGAAUCAGGCGAUCGAGAAAGUCGAAGUCAUUGCUGAUGGAGCCAUCGAAGCUGACGUUUUGGCACGAAAGACUGAAUUGGCGGCGAAGAUCAAGCAUGCUCGAGAUGAAAAUGCCCGAUUAAAGGUCCAACUCCAAGCCGCGGUUCAACAUUGCGUUGCAAAUGGAUUCGACAUCCAGCGUUUCGAAGAAAUGGCACAGUCGCACAAAGAUUCAUCCGAUCGCAUCACAAAUGCACAGCAACGGUUGAACGAUGACACUGCUAAAGCUGAAUUGACAUGGAACCGCUUUGGAUUCCCUCGGCCAAUAGUUGUGAAAAAGGAGGAAAUGAGCAAAGAAGAACGCAUUGGUCUUUUGACGGCCAAAAUGGCGAAUCUGAAGGCGGAACUAACAAAACUGCAAGCCAAACAACGGGUUAUUUUGGGUUCGCAAAACGAGUACGACGUUCUGUGCAAGCUCGAGAAGAAAUUGAACAAGAAGAAGCGGUCCAAUGGCGAUGACGGAAAAGUCACAUCGAACCAGGUAUAAUCUGGAUGCAUCGAAUUCAUAUUUGAUGCCUCGAACGAUUGUUCGCAUAUUUACCGGAUCAAAAAAAAACAGUCAAGUGCAAACCAGAGAGUAGUGUAUAUGAAUUUGGAAUCGAAAAUCGACAUAAAAAUAAUAGACCAUAGACCUAUAAUGGCUCAAAAACUUAAAUUUCAAUAUUCAAUUCUUCUUUUCUAAUACUUUGUUGAACCUAAUCUCUGUUUUUUCGUCGGUUUUAAGAAAUUCAACAGAGAACGUUCACAUAUCGUGUCAUGUAACAUGUAGCCAAUUUACUUAUUUGCUUAAGCUUCGAUGAAGAAAACAAACAAAAACGGAACAAUUCAAAAUUAGUAGGGAAAAUCGGAAGAAAAUGAACGCAAUCAUUAUUGAAAUUGAUUAUUAUUCGAAUUGAUCUAAAGAAAGGAGCCUUUUAAAUGAACAAAAAAUGAAAUUGAAAUGGUCAAAAACAUAUAACUCUCAAUAAAACGAAAAAAAAUCCGUUA